AAGUAUCGGAAAGUUACUACAGGCAUCAGCCAGCAUCUACCAUCAACAUCUAAAAUUUGUAUUUAGAAUGGUGAUGUUUUGAUAACGCUGUCAAUUUUUGAAUAUUAGUAUAAAAUUUGUUUUUCUGUCAAGUAGAUACUACAGGAAUAAUUGUUUAUCGUCAGUGACAGUGCCAUACAUUUGUCAAGAUGACUACUUAUUCGAAAAAAGAAAUAGAAGAAAUGAAACCCUACAUAGACAAGACAGUUCAAAAGUUUCUAGGUUUCAGCGAACCGUCGCUGGUAACGGCAGCUCUGAACUGCCUUGGCUCAGGAUACGAUAAGAAGAAAACUUCAAACAAGCUGGCGUCCCUGCUGGACGAGAAGAAGGCGUCGCGCCUGACGGACAAGAUCUUCGAACUGGCGGAGGACAUGAAGACCAACCACCGCAGCACCAAGAAACGGCACUACGAGUCGAGCGCCAGGACGGAGGACAAGGAGGUGAAGAGAGCCAAGAUGACUGCCGACAUAGAGCCGGUGUCGUUCGUGACGGCGGCCAGCAGCACUCCGAGUCCCGGCCAGCUGACGGCCAUUCAGAUAAAGGAGAUGAUGGCCAACGCACAGAAAAUGAUUGAGGAGCGGAAGCGUGCCCUGAACGCCUUACGAGCGCACGAAACCCCGCCUGUUCGAUCUGUCUCGUUCAGGGCUGAAGAAAUGAUGCCUCUCAACAUGAGUUGUAUCGGGUUUUCUCCCACGUCGGUUAUACCUAGCUUCAUUCAGCGUGGCGAUCCGGACAAAGCCAAGAAGAUUGCUAAUCUUCAGGCCCAGAUCCAGUCGAAGCUGUCGGCCACCGGCCGGGUGCUGGUCCAGGACAAGCCGGCCCCGCUGAUCCUCAACAAGGAGGGACGCACGGUCGACGUCUCCGGCAAGGAGGUGCAGCUGUCCCACCCGACCCCGACGCUCAAGGCAAAUAUUCGUGCUAAAAAGCGUGAAGAGUUUCGACAACAACUUGCUGAGCACGUAGUGGAUAAUUUAUCGGAAGCAAAAUUCUUUGAUCCUCGAAUUGGUGCAAAGCCUUCUGUGCGCAACAAAAGAGCACUACGUUUUCACGAGCCAGGAAAAUUUCAACAGCUUGCCAAUAGUAUGCGGAUGAAGGCCCAGCUAGACAAGCUGCAGAACGAGAUAUCACAGAUUGCAAAGAAGACAGGCAUAUCGUCCGCCACCAAGCUAGCUCUCAUUGCUCCCAAAACAGAAACGACAGAAGAUGACGUGCCGAAUGUUGAGUGGUGGGAUUCUGUUAUCCUGAAUGACAACUAUGUUGAAAAAGAUGGCGUUUUUAACUUGAAAGAGUCUGCCAUCAGCAAUUUGGUUGAGCAUCCAACACAAUUAAGACCACCAACGGAGCCAAUGAAGCCGGCGUACAUGCCCGUGUUCCUGACUAAGAAGGAAAGGAAGAAGCUGAGAAGGCAGAAUCGCCGCGAGGCUUGGAAGGAGGAGCAGGAGAAAAUACGGUUGGGACUGGAGCCACCGCCAGAACCGAAGCUCAGGAUAUCGAACCUGAUGAGGGUGCUGGGCACGGAGGCAGUCCAGGACCCCACCAAGGUGGAGGCCCACGUCAGGGAGCAGAUGGUGAAGAGGCAGAAGGCCCACGAGGAGGCCAACGCGGCCCGCCGGCUCACGGCCGAGCAGAAGCGCGACAAGAAGGUGCGCAAGAUCGCGGAGGACACCACGCUGGGGGUCUACGUCACCGUCUACAGGAUCUCGGAUCUGUCGAACGCAGCCAAGAAAUACAAGGUGGAGACAAAUGCCAAGCAGCUGUUCAUGACUGGCUGUGUGGUGCUGUUCAAGGACUGCAACGUGGUGGUGGUUGAAGGCGGCGCCAAGCAGCAGAAGAAGUACAAGAGGUUGAUGCUGUCGAGAAUAAAAUGGGAAGAAGAUACAGUCAAGAACCGGGAAGGACAAGAAGUGCCGAAUAAGUGUGUUCUUAUCUGGGAGGGGACGAUCAAAGAGAGGAACUUUGGUGAGAUGAAGUUCAAAGUGUGCCCGACAGAGAAGUUGGCUCGGGAACACUUCAAGAAGCACUCCGUGGAACACUAUUGGGAUCUCGCAUACAGUGAAGCAGUUCUUGGUGCUAGUGAAGACGUAUAACAAAGUGACUAUAAUAUUAUUAUCUAUUUGUGUGUUUCUUGAAUGCGUAUUUGUGGCUAUAAAAUACCAUUUUGUAGGCAAAAUUAAAGUGGCUAGAGAAUCAUAUCUAACUAUUAAUAUGUAGUUUGAAAUGCUGUACAGUUGCGGUAAAAUACAAACCUUGACGUAGUGUG